CCAGCACUAGGCUUCGUUUUUGUUGUGUUGCUAAGGAUCCAACCCUGGACUCCAAGCCUGCUAGCCAAGUGUUCUACCACUCAACUACACCCCAGCCCUGGGGCCUGCUUUUUUUUUUUUUUUGCUUGGCCCAAUUGAGGAAGGGCCUCAGGGACAGAGUCCUGAGCCAGAAGCCUGGAGCCCAACUUCAGUGGAGGGGUGUGUCCAUAAGAAUGCAAAGUCCAGCUGUGCCUUGUCCCUCCAUCAGAAGGGAGGGGUCUCUCCCCCCAGCAGGGUUUAGAUUUAACUUUUAGGGAAACUGGAGCUCUAAGGGUCAUGGAAGACUCCAGAAGGAAAUAUCUUACCAUCUGGUGGUUGAGGAUGGAGUCUUUUGCCUUACUUACUUGGACUCAUAGGUGACAGGUACCAACUUGGACCUUCUUGGGUGAAACCUGGUCUAAUGGUCAGUAGGGUUGGGGUGGAUACUUGAACCUACUGUGCAUGGGAGACUCAGGGGUUCUGGGACAAAAGCUGAGCUCUGCCAGCCCUGACCCUCCCCCCUGAGCCAAGGGGGUGGGUCUUUAAGAAGACUUUGAUCCCUGCUGGGCUGUGGCCUGGUCUAUGGAGUGGCUCAGGUUACAGCAUCCCCUUCUCUCCCCCACUCAGGCCAGAGCUGGCCCUUCUCCGCCUCUUGGUGACCCUCUUGGCCAGUGGCUCUGAGCUUCUGGGCCUCUCUGGCCCCUCCCCUUCUCUCCCACUCUCUGCUCUGUGCUGACUGGAGCCUGGGAGCCAUCCACAGUGGCUGGGAGAGAGGCAGGCGCCGCAUGGACGACUCUAAGAGCUCUUUAAGAUUCCAGAACCCUCCUGCCUUAGAGCCAGGAGAGAGUCUGCUAGAGGAUCUGUUACCACCUCCGUGGACUCCAGCAGGGGCCAAAGGAGCUGGGAAAGUCAUUACAGAGGGCCAGCCAUCUCAAGGGAGGCCCAGCUGAUUACAGGCGUAGGGAGUGGAUGCCUGCAGGAAUCAGGGUGCCAAGGGGACCCAAGGAGGGGCUGGUGGCCACACACCCCUGCCCCCUGGCCCUGUGAUCCUCAUGCCCACCCUGCAGUUACUCCUGCUGUUCCUGCCUCUGUUCUUCAAUAUCCAGCUGGCUUCGGGGGUCAGUCUGCUGCCAGAGCCUGGAAACCACCCUGGAGUGUGCCCCAACCAACUGAGCCCCAGCCUGUGGGUGGACGCCCAGAGCACCUGUGAGCGGGAGUGCACUGGGGACCAGGACUGCACAGCUGCUGAGAAGUGCUGCACCAAUGUGUGUGGUCUGCACAGCUGCGUGGCAGCCCGCUUCCCUGAUGGUGGCCCAGCUGCACCUGUGACGGCAGCCUCCUGUGAGGGCUUUGAGUGCCCACAGCAGGGCUCCGACUGUGACAUCUGGGAUGGGCAGCCCGUGUGCCGCUGCCGUGACCGCUGUGAGAAGGAGCCCAGCUUCACCUGUGCCUCAGAUGGCCUUACCUACUAUAACCGCUGCUACAUGGACGCAGAGGCGUGUCUGCGUGGUCUCCACCUGCACAUUGUGCCUUGCAAGCAUGUCCUCAGCUGGCCACCCAGCAGUCCAGGUCCACCAGAGACCACUGCCCGCCCAACACCUGGGGCUGCCCCAAUGCCACCUGCCCUUUACAACAGCCCUUCCUCACAGGCAGUACAUGUGGGGGGCACAGCCAGCCUCCACUGCGAUGUCACUGGCCGCCCACCACCUGCUGUGACCUGGGAGAAGCAGAGCCACCAGAGGGAAAACCUGAUCAUGCGCCCUGACCAGAUGUAUGGCAAUGUGGUGGUCACUAGUAUUGGGCAGCUGGUGCUCUACAAUGCCCGGCCUGAGGAUGCUGGCUUGUAUACCUGUACUGCACGCAACGCUGCUGGCCUGCUGCGAGCUGACUUCCCACUUUCUGUGAUCCAAAGGGAACCAGCUGAGGAAGGGACCUCUGGCACUCCAGCCCUGGCUGAGUGCCUACCAGACAUGCAGGCCUGUGCUGGUUCCACCUCCCCAAACAGAGUCUUCUGGCACUUUGACCCACAACGAGGUGGCUGCAUGACCUUUCCAGCCUUUGAGUGUGCUGGGGCCACUCAAGGCUUCACUACGUAUGAGGCAUGUCAACAGACUUGUGCCCGAGGCCCUAGGGAUGCCUGCACACUGCCAGCUGUGCAGGGUCCUUGCCAGGGCUGGGAGCCACGCUGGGCCUAUAAUCCACUGUUGCAGCAGUGCCAGCCCUUUGCCUAUGGUGGUUGUGAGGGCAAUGGCAAUAACUUUGAGAGCCGUGAGAGCUGUGAGGAGGCCUGCCCUGUGCCUCGCUCACCACCCUGCCGGGCAUGCCGCCUCAGGAGCAAGCUAGUACUGAGCUUAUGCCACAGCGACUUUGCCAUUGUGGGGCGCCUCACAGAGGUGCUAGAGGAGCCCGAGGUGGGUGGUGGCAUUGCUAGAGUAGCCCUUGAUGAUGUGCUAAAGGAUGACAAAAUGGGCCUCAAACUCCUGGGCACUAAGUACCUGGAGGUGACACUAAGUGGCAUGGAUUGGGCCUGCCCCUGCCCCAAUGUGACAGCUGGUGAUGAGCCACUGAUCAUUAUGGGGGAAGUACAUGAUGGUGUGGCCAUGCUGGAUGCUGGCAGCUAUGUUCGUGCUGCCAGUGAGAAGCGCGUCAAGAAGAUCUUGGAGCUGCUAGAGAAGAAGGCCUGUGAGCUGUUUAUCCGCUUUCAGGACUAACUUGUGUUGUCCUCUCCCACUUGGGACUAGCUCCCUUGCCCAUCUCCUCUUGCCAAGACUAGCUGUGGUGUCGCUUCCUGCCUCC